CCUUUGGCCCAUACCAUGUUUCCUCAAUAACCUCAUUGAUUUGAUUUCCCACUCCAAAAUUUCCCAUCUCACUAUAUCACAAAUCACAAAUCACAUUUCAUCUCUCCCUCCAAUAAUCAUGUCCAAUAGUGGGAGAGUGGAAGGCUCAUCUUCCAAAGCGACGGCCGCCGCACCGCCUCUAAGCCGAUACGAGUCCCAGAAGCGUCGCGACUGGAACACGUUCGGCCAGUACCUGCGGAACCAGCGUCCGCCCUUGUCCGUGCCCGAUUGCAACUACGGGCACGUCUUGGAGUUCAUGCGCUACCUCGACCAGUUCGGGAAGACAAAGGUGCACAUGCAAGGGUGCGUGUUUUUUGGGCAGCCAGAGCCCGCGGGCCCCUGCACCUGCCCGCUCAGGCAGGCGUGGGGCAGCCUGGACGCCCUCAUAGGCCGCCUCAGGGCGGCCUAUGAGGAGAACGGAGGGGCCCAGGAGACCAAUCCGUUCGCCAAUGGGGCGAUACGGGUCUACCUCCGGGAGGUCAGGGAUUCCCAGGCCAAGGCGCGGGGAAUCCCGUAUCGGAAGAAGAAGAAGAGGAAGAAGACUAGUGAAACAGUCACCUCCACUUUUCACCCUAUGCAGCAUUCUGAGGUCUGAGUUUCUACUAAGCAAUCUUGAAAGUGAAAGAAGAGAAGAUAUAUGGCUAAAAUGAUCCAUUUCAGAAUUCAGAGAUAAUUGCAGUUUUAAGCUUAUAGCCGAAUUGAACAAGCAUACUGCAAUUCAUCAAUUUUAUAUACUAGUACUGUUUAUUUGUUAUAAACAAAAGAAUUUUGAUGGGAUUUAUAUUUCUUAGAAAUAUCAGUAAUUAACAGCAUUACAUUUA